AUGCUCGUUGAAGAGUAUGUACAAGAAAGACGUACCCAAGCCAAAGCAUCCGCCGCUCUAGCUCGAACGAUCGAGCUGGAGCUGAAGGAGCACGAAGACAUGCCCGACCUGGACUACCGCAACGUCACGUCACCAGGCGGCAGUCUGACAGGCAAGCGCAGGCCAACCAGCAUUCACGAGAUCGAGAGAAAAGUCAACGAAUCGUGGCCAUUGAAGACGCACUGGCUCAACGCGUUCACGUCGCACUACAAACGCAAGAGUUGGCUACCCGGGAAACACAAGAUGCAAUACAUGCCGGACUCGACAGGCAACUCGCCCAUCAAUACUCUGCCCUAUCUGAACUGCAGGGCCGCCAGCCUGCUCUUAUCAUGGAAACAAACACAACCAAUGUAG